AAAUGUUUCAAAUUUCCAUUAUCAAAUAGAAUCAUUCACUUGGAGCCACACUGCGAUUAUCCCUUCUCUCUCUCUCUAGUCAUCCAUGGCAACAACAACCCCUUUUGAAAUUUCCCACCACUCUUUCUCUCUCUUCCUUGGGCCUCAAAAAGGCCAUUGCUCACGGGGAGGACCUUCCAACCUCUCUCUCCCCGGAGACACACCACCUCCAACCCUUACUUCUUGUUCCUCCUCCUUUUCUCACUCAGUCUCCUCCAUUUCUCACUCUGUUUGUUGCUCUGCUUCUCUUGAAGUACCUGAGACUGGGCCAGAAGAGAUAUCUCCUUUACCCCUUGUUUCCGAAGAUGGGUUUCUCGGCGAGGAGGAAGACGAGAUUCAAGGUACUAGUAAUGCCAGCUUGAGGGGUUGCAAGGGUUGUGGUAGAGAAGAAAUAGAGAGGGGAUGCAAUGGUGAAGGGAGGAUUCAAGGUGGAAUAGCCACUGUUCCUGGUUUUGGGUGGUGGCCCAUCAAGGCUUACAGGCCUUGCCCUGGUUUUGUGGCAUCGGGUGGUAGGUACAGGCGCCAAGGUCAAAGCAUGGAUGAGGUGGCAUCGGGUGGUGGGUACAGGCGCCAAGGUCAAAGCAUGGAUGAGGUUGCUUUUCGUAGAGAUGAGCGUGGAAAUGCCAAUAGAACUAAACACGAAGUUCAAUCAAGCAAAAAGAAGCCAAGCGCAAGGAGAUUCAGGAGUUGAAAUGCCUCAGAGCUCUUGUAUCAUUACUUUAUUUUUGUACACCUUGUAUUGUUACUACUCUACAUAUGCAUGCCACGCAUUUUGGAAAUCUGAUGUGCUUGAAUGCACUUUUCCUUUUUCCAUUUUCGAAUAUGAUUUUCAUUUUGGAAUGUAAGCAUGGUUUUUUAUCAAAACCAUGAGCCGGGAGCUCCAUGCCACUUGGCGAACAAGCUGGAACCUUGUGCAUAUGAUUAUCUGAAUUGCAAAGUUCAACACAAGAUAGUCAAGUUUCACUAUGAGGAGAUUGGUAAAAAGACAAAUCAUCUUUGAAAUUCGACAUUGUUUAUUACCCAUAAAUAAGCUAUUUUGGAUUGUAGAGGAAAAG